GCGGAAAUGGGCCGGACCUUUUGGAGAGGAGAGGGUCUGAUCUGCGCACGCAUCACCGACACUCGGGCCUGCUCUCACGCGCGCUGGUGUGCCGUGCUAUACCUUUUGGAGCAGCUCGAGACCCUUUAAACAACAUGAGCAGCUCGGUGACAUCCGAAGAAGUGACGCCGAAGUCGGUCUUUGUUUAGAGCCCUUCCUCCUUCUCGUUAUCACCCGCUACAGACUGGUUGUGGCCCCUCCGCGCGCACUGCGGCGCUUUGAAACCUCGGAACAACAGGGCGCGCGGCCACUCCUCCUCUGGUCCGCUGUGGCAGGAAUGAUGCUCGCGCUCACCUUCACCUGCCGCGCGCUGCUCGUCUUCCUGCUCUCCGACUCGGUCCAGACCGACAGAACAGCGCCUUUCCUGAUCACAGAGAACAUGUGGCCUCGCGGCUGUGUCCUGGACUGCCAGAGGGGGCGCCACAGAGCCGUGUGUGGCAGCAACGGCAGGUUGUAUAAAUCGCUGUGUGCCUUCCAGAGGGCCCAGUGCAUCAACACACAGCUCCGCCUCGCUCCACAAGCACACUGCUCAGAUCCGAGUCAGCCCAAAUGCCAGCUGGCCCGGGCUCAGGCCCUGGAGGCCAGCGCCCACAACGGCCACGUUAGCCCAGGAGUUGUCAUCUUUGUGCCUGAGUGCAGUCCGGACGGUCACUUCCUGCCAGUGCAGUGCCACAGCCUGACCGGAUACUGCUGGUGCUCCAUGCCCGAUGGCAAACCUGUUUACGGGACCUCGGUCCUCCAUCUCAUCCCCAACUGUACUGAUGAUGUUGGUGAACCUGGGCCUACACUGGAUCCCAGAAAACAUGCAGAGCUGACUGCUCCUCCGAUCUUGGUGACCAUCCUGAAGAACUCUGACAAAGGUAACCGCUCCGUCAGACGACCACCUGAAGGUGCUCAGAUGUGUGAGCGUGAGCGAGCGUUGUUGCUCUCUCAGAUGAGUUCAUCCUGGCAGGAAGAGCAUUUCAUCCCAGAAUGCAGUGCAGACGGCCGCUAUAACCCCGUGCAGUGUUACGCUGCUACAGGUUACUGUUGGUGUGUCAGGGUGGACAGCGGCAGGCCGGUACCAGGCACCUCUGCAAGGCAUCACAUCCCAAAGUGCCCUGGGGCCGAGGAGGCACCGACACGCAGGAAGUACAGGGAAAAACCUCUGCCUGGGUGUCCCGGAGCUCGUAAGAAGCAGUUCCUACAGAGUCUGGUUAGAGCUCUGCAGCUGGAAGCAGAGCAUGCUGGAAGUUUGAGUCCCUACCAGGCCUCAAACACCCCUCCCUCCAGCUCUCCCUCUCCAUCUUUGAACGCUCCACCCUCCACCACCCCUUCCUCCUCCACUCUGGACGUGUCUUCUCCUGCUGCUCUGCAGGCUGUCGAGGCCUCCGGGCCAGAGGUUGUGCUGCAGUGGCACUUCAGUCAGCUGGACGUGGACUCCAGUGGGGUGCUGAGCGAACGCGAAGCUCGACCUCUGCGGCAGUUCCUGCGACAGAGGCUGAAGCCGCGACGGUGCGCCAAGAAGUUUGCUCAGUACUGUGACAGGGACGGAGACCGAGGCCUGACGCUGGAGGAGCUGAGGGUCUGCCUGGGCCUCUGAGCCAGAGAGCAACCAGACAAAUCACCCGCUGCCAAAGGCCCACUCCUCUCCUACCGCUUCACUGUCACCUUUCCAGGUUCUAUUUAUUCAUCCAUGAAAUCCUUUCAUGUAAAUUUCAGGACUUCAGCUUCCUCUGGCUGUAUUAGUGUCACCAUACUGUAUCUAUGAUAUAACCCUUAUAGUCACUCCAAGUCGACUGUCAACUUCAAAAUAAGGAAUUUAGGGUGAAGAUUGGGAUUGGGCCUCACUCUUGGUGACUUUUCCUUCCCAAACAUCCUCACCUCCUUCCCUUAAUCCUUGCUUCUUUCUCUUCAUCCCUCUCUGCUUUGUACAUACUUUGCUUAUUUUGUAUACAUAUUGCCAAUAUAUUGAUGUAACAUAUUUUGAUACACAUUUUGAUCAAUGGUAAAUUCAUAAUUCUUUAUACAACCUUUAUACAACAUAUCAGUCUGCAGCGUUUUCUCAGACACUACAUUGUUUUCUGAUUGAUUGAUUGAAACCCAGCUUUGAUAGAAGUCAUUUCCAGCUUUUGAUGUUUGUAAAUGUUCUUUCAAUAAAUGGAUUGCAGUAGUGACGCUGUGAACAUUGUUUGCCAGUAAUCAUCA